AUGGCCCUGAAAGGCAGGAACCUCCGUGUGGCAGGUGACGUGUGGGUGCCAUGGGUGCUGCUGAAGCAAGAGCAGGGUGGCACUCUCCAAGCCUCGGGCAUCCUCAUAGACUUCCUCGACAUUCUGGCAGAGAAACUCAACUUCACGCUGGAUAGUGAGAGAGUUCUUCUCCUCCAGGAGGCUGACAUGGCGCUCGGACCGUUCAGCAUCACCUAUGUCAGGUCGAGGGUGAUCGACUACUCUGUGCCUCUCUAUGUCGACAACUUUGGGAUUUUCCUGCCGAGGCCUCGCCUGGAGAGAGAUCUGGCUGGAUUCACAAAGCCUUUCGCCUGGGAGGUGUGGAUGGUGCUGCUGGCGAUGCUAGUCACCAGCUGUCUCCUGGUAAUGCUGAUGAAGGUGGCGGAGGACAGGUGGCAUCUUGCACCAGCUGUUGUUGACACCAAGGUGACACAAGCGCCCAGCUGGGAUCUGAGUCCUAUUUUACAGGCGGACCCACUGAAUCUUAAGCCUAGGACGCUAAGAGGCCGUCUGCUGCUAGGUGUCUGGCUCCUAGGUGCUCUCAUCCUAGGUGCCGCUUACGAGGGAGUGUUAACGUCCUUGCUGGCCUCACCUAGGGUUCCUGUUCCUGUCAACUCCCUGGAGGACCUGAUCAAGUACGCUCAUCUACCGUGGUCCGUGGAAGCUGGCACGGCCCUCCACCAACUCUUAGGGGACGCCAAGGCUGGUGUAUACAAGAAAGUCACUGAGGGAGCCUUCUUGAUCUCCAGCCUCUUCGAAGAAAAAGACAAUAUGAAGAAGAAAAGAUUCGCCAUCCUUUGUGACUUUUUCUCCAUGAAACAGGUUAUGAGCGACGACUACAGCCUAACGGGAGAAUGUAACUAUUACAUCGCCCAGGAGAUCAUCACAUCUACCUCCAUGGCUUUCGUGUUUCCCAAGGGUAGUGCCCUCGUCUCCCAGAUCAAUAAGUGGCUGAUGAUGAUGCGAGAGUCUGGUCUUGUGAACAGGAACCUGGACGAACUGACCUCCAACGCCACCACUUGUCUGGUGCCGCCAGGGAAGGAGUUCGGGGUGAAGACUCUUGUUCUCUCCCUCGACGACUUCGCUGGAGUCUUCCUUCUUCUAGCAACAGGUGACUGCGAUGCUUUGCAUUUUAAUAAGACGCAGCCUGCGGUACACUGA